UUACGACGUGCACCGGAGAUCGCACCGCGUGGCUGCAAGCCCGCUCCUUCGCUAAACCCUUUCAAAAAGCCUAGGCCCCCCAAAACCGGCCCUUCCCAAAACCCUAGCCCCCUGGCCCCCCUUCCGUCCGGCCGAGAUGCCCGGCCUUGCGUCGGAUCCCGGCGAUUCCCUCGUCCCAUUCCCGCCGGAUGUCCGGGACCCGGUCGUCUACCCCGUCCGCCACGGUGUCAAUGCCCCGAUCUUCCGCGUUUACGUCUCCUGGACCCGGGGGAACCUCCUUCAAGUCGCGUGCCUUCGUCCUCCGGAGGCGGACCCCGCUGGCGGCGAAGAGGACGAAGUUUCGGAUGAAGAAAUCGGCGGGAAAAUAGUGGAGGUCAAGCUCGGCGCCGGUGACGGGGAGAUCAGUGAGGCUCAGAGGCGGAGGAUCGCUUAUGGCUCCGUUCCUGCCUUCGCGCUGCUCCAGAGUCGGAAGAAUUCACUCGCGGCCAUGUCAAGGAUGUCUGCAUCUUCGAUUCGCACGGAAUGGUGGGAACAUGUUUUGGAUUACAGUCAUCACAUAAGUGACCUUCUUGGGAAUCCUAUGCUUCCUUCUAGCACAGUGAUUGAGGACCCAGAGACGGUUAUGCAGCCUCAUGAGGAACCUACCAGAUUAAAGGCGGCAUGGCAGCUAAUGGAAAUAUUUUAUGUGGAUAAGCUGUCACUAACUUGGCUUCCAGAGCGCCUUGUCGAUUGGUUAGCAGAUUAUGACAGCCUCCUGACCAGGACAGAGACUACAAUCCAUUCAAAGCUUGCAGGCCUGCAAAAAAGGCUUGUCAAUUUACAGGUAGUUGAGGAUGAUCCUGAGUACUGGGAAGUAAUGUCAUUAGCACUUGCAGUUGGGUGGCUUGACACUGUGGUGAAAUUGUUGAGACUACAUGGAUCUUAUCAACUGGAUCAACUUGGCAGCCGUGAGACAGAAAAUGGGCUGGUAGAGGCAGUUGCUGUUCUUGUCUCCACAAUGCCACGCAUGCGUCCUCAUCUACCAACUGGAAGAUUAGGUCAAUGCUAUAAAACCAAACCGGAGUUUAUCAAGGCAUGGGAGAAAUGGCGGGGCCAUAUAAGUAAAUUAGAUUCUAGUGCAUUUUGGGUUCAAUGCAGCCAUCGCCAAACUCGGGAAGGUUUGAGGAAUUUGUUACAGAUCAUGUUGGGUAAAGUUAGCAAUCUUACAUCUGCAACUUGUCACUGGAUGGAGCUGUUUAUAUCUCACUUUCUCUACAUAAGGCCAUUCACAAUGGGCCUAGAAGGGUUCCAUAGCUUAUCUCAGAAAUGCAUGCAAUUGAGACCAUCCUCUAGUUCUAGCGGGCUGAUGUGCCUCCUCAUUGGUAUUCUUGGAGAAAAUCCUGAGGUUGUGUUAGCAGAAUGCUCAAAGACAUUUGGACCAUGGAUGGUUGUCCAUGCCAUGGAAUUGUUGACAGCCGAUAAUGGUCAUGCUGACAUUCUGUUGCAUGAGGAGAGGUAUAACUUGGGAGAUAUCAGCAUAGAGGAACUCCACCGACUUGUAUAUGCUCAAGUUUUGUCUUCUCAUCCUUUGACUUGGCAAAUUGCACCAACAUAUCUAGCAUCAUGCCCAAAGCAAGGUUUGGGUCUGUUAGAGAUUUUACUGUACAAACAGCCUGUGCAACAUUAUCAAAUGAUACUUAAGAAUCUAGAGAUUUGCCGUUUAUAUGAAUUGGAAAACAUCAGUUCAAGUAUUAUGAAGAUUGCUGGCACAUACCACUGGAAGCAUGGUAGAAAGGGUUCUGGUGUUUACUGGCUUCAACAAGCUCGUGAUGAAGUUCGGCUGAACAAAAUUGCUCAACAGCUAUUUGAAUAUAUUGGGAAGUCGAUAUCUGAUGACAGUUUCAAGCAAUGGGAGGGAUUAAUUGAACUUCUUGGUUCGCAAGUUGGGACUGCAGGAGGCCUCGAAUUUCUCCACAAGUAUCGGGAUUUUAAGAGGUCCCUUCAGCAGGUGCAAGAUGGAAGUUCUGUUGAUGCUGCUCGGCAGACUAUGGAAUCACUUAUACAGCUUAUGAAAAAUCCAUCAACACCACAACGUUUCUGGCUUCCUCUACUGCAUGAUUCAGUUAAGUUGCUACACUGGAAGGCUCAGCCGCUAUUGACUGUAUCCGAAACGAAUCUAUUAUUGAACAAACUGCAAGAAUUAUCCAUGGCGAAGCUGUGCCCAGAUUUCUGUGAACCCAACUUGCCACCUGAGGCCUUAAGCUCUGUCCGAUUGGCUCUGGCUACAAAUCUGGGGCGUGCUAUUCUUGAGGAAUGCUGAAACAUUGGUUACUAUUGUGGUUCCUUGUGUAUUCUCGUUUUAAAGAAUGACAAAACUCAAUAAUUUGUGCACCUUUUGAAGUCCCAUCAAUGUCAUCCAAAGUCCAAACUACAUCUAGCAGUUUGUCAUAGGGCUUUAGUACAACUACUCAACUUUAAUUCUAAUUUGUAACAUCUAGGCUUGAGCAUGAGCUGUUAGGUAUCAAUUUUCUAUUCUAUUGGAAUGAAAAAUGCUUUUGGGCGAGCUCUUUUGUACAUGUGGGACAUAUUUGUGGUCUGAGACAUGGAUCUAAUUUCACCUUUUGAGUUUGUAAUAGCUAAAUAGACAUUGAAU